CUACACUUGACCUUAUGUAAAAGGUAAGUAAAAUAACAUUUGAUCCAAAAAGUGUAUGUGUUCACUUUAAAUAGUCAAAGUACUGAAAUGAAGAAACAUGUUUGAGGGGUAAUGAGCCUUUGUGUAACAACAAAUGUAUUCCCCCAAAACAUGAAACAUCUGCAUUAGUAAUCAAAACUCCUUUCUUAACCUAAUAAAGGGAUACAUAAAUCAGAAACGUGCCUAACUCCUAUUUAUUUUACAUUAUUUUUAACAUUUUUUUUCUUGACAUAAGAAAGGUUUCCAACUGAUUAAGUUGGAAGUCAUAUUUUAAUAAUUUUUCAGUUUGACAUCAAGCUGCUGCAAUGAAAGAUGAGUCCAGUUUUACAGCAGAAGCUCCUGUAAAACUAACUGGACAGAAAUGUUUCUCUCAUCUUUUAUUUCAAUAUGACAAUGAAUGCUUAAAAAAAAUGUAAUCUCAGUGCACCCACUAAUAAUAGUUACUCAUGAUGGUGAGCAUUAUUUCUGGUUAAAAUACAGAUUGCUUCUUCUACAGUUCAAGACAGAUUUUGCUUUUGUUCCAUUUGCACUCUGAUUUAUUGAUUUAAAGGAGAGAGGGCUUCAUUUGAAAAGGUGAAGUCAUGUCUUCCCAACUGAGGUAAUGCAUCUAAAUCAAACCUUAACACGUAUAUCCAAGUAUGUAAAGUGCAUUUCUCAGCUUUCAUCCUUACAUUUUUUUUAUUCAAUAGAGAUCUUAGAUGUCAAACAAAGAUCUAUGCUGCUUUGCAACCAGUAAGAGUGCUGCAGCCCGGAGGAACUGGGAAUAACGUUUUAAAUGAUCCCUGAUCGAGUUAAGAGGGAUCGUUUUCAUGUAACACUUUUGUAAUGAUAAUAUCGAAAGCUUAAGUAAUAAAGGAAUGAGUGAAAUCUGCCUCUUGUCAGCAUUUACAAUGAGAACCACUUGGGGCGAUUGGAUGUCUAGCGAUCAAUGUAUCCUCUUCUCUUAUCAUUAAGACUGCUCUUAACAGAUUACAGCCCCCCUCCCAAAGAUGAAGUCUUUUUCUCCUCCCCUCUCUCUCUGCUCCUCCUUCUGAAACACACACACACAGCCUUUUCACUAGAUACAACAGGAGACUUGUCCCUCUUGCCCCGUUUUGUAAAAUAAAUCGCUCUUUGUCUUUUAAUUUAAACUUUGUAGAACUUUUUUUCACCCCUCUUGUGGAAUUUAGAUGGACUUUCUGGAUUUGUUUGGACCGAUUUGACGACCUGACAGAUGAACAGAAAUGAAAAGCACAAAACUUCAGUUGAAGUUCUGGUAGAAAACUGAAAAUAGUCAAUGAAGAUGGACCUGGUGAUAACCGCCUUUUUUCUCCUGCUCUUUUGUGUCCAUCCAUCUGCAGCAGCAAGCGUCAUCACAGCAGACAUAUUUGAAGCGAGAGGUCAAAGAGUGUGCAAGACAGGAAAAGGGAGACCUUGUUACAAACUGGCCUAUUUCUCAGAGCUGCGCUGGAAGUUGAACUUUGAGGAGGCGGAGAGAUCUUGCAAACGAGACGGAGGCCAGCUGCUGAGCAUCGAGUCCGCGUCCGAGCAGAAGAUUGUAGAGCAGCUCAUCAGAGAUCUCCGUCCCACGGAUGGAGACUUCUGGAUAGGUCUCCGGCGUGGACCGGGACACGAGGACAGCAGCUCGAACUGCUCGUCUCACUACUACUGGCUGGACGGGAGCAAAUCCUCGUUCAGGAACUGGCACACUGAUGAGCCGUCGUGCGGCUAUGAAGUGUGUGUGGUGAUGUAUCACCAACCGUCUGCUCCGGUCGGAUACGAUGGAGCAGACCUCUACAUGUUCCAGUGGAACGACGACAACUGUGAAACCAAGAACAAUUUUAUCUGCAAAUACACAGGAGAAAAGCCAAUGUCAUCCACUCUGUCUCCCAACUCCAGUCAGAAAGAUGCCUCCCUUCCAUCUGCACUCCCAUUGGACCCACGUGACAACAACCAGCAAAGAAGAACAGCCGUGAAUUUAGUUUACGUCAUCAUCCCCACAAUCCCACUAAUCCUGCUGCUUCUGACGGUGACGGGAGUUUGCUGCUUCAAAGUGCUGCGCAGUCGAAGGAGGAACGUACAGAAAUCAGAAGUAUGCCAAACAGAUCCCAGUCCAACUACUACAGACGUCUACAACGUCAUCCGCUCCCAGAAGGAUGAUGACCUGGUUUCUGCUCGCCCACAAACAAAGAACACCUCCUUUUUGUGCUCCUCUCCGGACACGCCGACGGGCGACUACGACAACCUUGGUGGACGGGACACAGAGAGCGGCUUCGUAACCCUUGCUAGCACAGAGAGCGACUUCCUGAACUUUGACCUCAACGACCUCAGCCUCGGGCGUCAGCGGACCCGUGACUUCUACGACAGCAGCUUGGGACGCUCGGCUAAGAGGGUACUGAACGAUGGCAGUCUGGGUCGCACCAAAACCAGGGAGUAUUACGACAGAAGCCUGGGCCGCCGCACCACGAAGAGCGAGCAUUACAGCGGCACCGUGUAUGGAGAUCACGGCCUAUUUGACAGCAGCAUCAGAGCAGGCACUGACUUGUAUGAUGCCAGACUCAAAGCUGGUGGUCAAACGGGAAAGGUUGACCUCUACCAGACAUACGUCACCAGCGGUAGGCACGAGGCGUUUCAAACCAGUCUGGGAGCGUACUCAAACCGGAAGUCCUUCCACACAAACCUGGACUGCUACAGAAACGGCCUGAAUCUUGACAGUGGAGGGAGGUACUUCAAUGAUCAGGAAUGGAUAAAAAGAGAGAGAUACUGAUUUUUCACUCGAGUCUGCUCACACCACUGUAAGAGUGACUGAACAGGGAUAAAAGAAUGGAUAAAAUUUGUGCAUGUGCAAGACCUGAUAGUUUUUUUGUUUUUGUUUUUUUUAAUCUAAGGUUGAAAAUACUAAUUUUGUUUCUACUCCAACCCUUACUUUGUUAGUCGUAUGGAUAAUGAAAUUUGGUCAUUUCAGUCAGACACAUUUAAAUAGUUAAACUUUCUUAUGUUGCCAUGUAUCUUGGCACAUCUGAUGCAUAACGCUCAGGAUGACGCGUACGUUUAGGAACAUUAAGUCCUGUCGUGUGUCGGAUGAGAUUCAUUUUUGCGUAGUGAUUUUGUAAUAUGAUGAAGAUGUAAAAUUCAACUUAAACCUGCAUCAGAAGAGAGUUUACAGUGCGAGGGAAACUAUUUGUCCCCUUACAGAUUUAAUCAAGUUUUGCUUUAAAUUAGACAAAGAUAACCUAUGUAGUUAGAAAAUUACAAAAUGCAAUUUUAUCAUGGUGAGAUCAUUUAUAAAAAGAAAAAGCAACCCAGCGUUUUAUGAAAAGGUCCAUUUUUAAACUCAUAAAUUAACUGCGAUUUGCCACAGAUAUUGGCUGAAGUUAAAAUGUCCCAACGCAUGAUUAUUAAAGUAGAUUUAAGAAGCCACUCAAGUAGAACCUGUUUGACAACAUGAAGUAGGCUAAAAGAUCAUCUAUCAGUUUAGAUCUGGAAAGGGCUACUACGCUUUUUCUAAAGCCCUGGGACUCCAGCAAAUCCCAGUGAAAACCAUUAUCCACAAAUGAAGAAAACAAUACAGUGGUGAACCAAAACUCCUUCAGGAUUACUUCAGUGAUUCUUCUAGGUCAUUAAAAGAACCCACAACAACAUUUAAAGCAGAAUCCUGAGACAAAAACCCCCACAUUGCUGAUCCAACAGGACACAAGGCCAGUCGCAAGUUUGUCAAACAUGCAUGAUGAUCCCCAAGACUUCUGGGAAAAUAUAAAGUAGCAAAAUGAGAUUUUGGUGACACCCAAACAUGGUGUUGCUGUGUGAUAUUUUGUGGUUAUUUUUGCUACUUUAGGACCUAAAGGGGCAAAAUUCCUUUCCAGGAAUUGAGGUCAUUAUUUAAAAACUGCAUUUUGUAUUUAAUCCUGUUUUCUUUUCCUGAAAUUAAAAUUCAUUCUAUUAAGAAAAGCAGGUAAGAGUCAGAAAUGGCUAAAAGAGAAGACAUAAGAGGGGAAAUAAUUUUUCACAGUACCAGAUGAAUUCAUUUAUGAAAGCCUAAAUCGUCAAAUAUUUAUCAUCUGAAAUAAGAAAGUAGUUGCCUAAAGCAAUCAGCAACCAGAUGUGAGUGGAUCUUCAUCAGUACAGACAGUGCAUCUGCAUAACACAACAUGAGGGUCGUUUGAGUUUUCUUAGCAUCAAUUCUGUUAAAAUCCUGCACUCUGUGCUGCCUAUGUUGGUUAGAGAUGAGAUUAUAAGUGCUGCAUAGAACAGCAAUCCUAGUAUCUAUAAGCUUUGUAUCUUCUUUUAUAAUUUAAAUAUAACCUCACCUGACCUCUUUUAGUUCACUGGUCAUUUGGGGUUUAGGGAUUAAAAAGUCUGAGUGUGGAUCUCGUGACACUGUAAUCCAUCUGUCCUCUCACCUUGAGGUUAGCUGCUCCUGUGCUGCGUAAUCUCAUCUCACUAACAUGAAUAUGUCAGCUCUUGCUGGUAGAGGGUUUCUAAAAGAAAACAAUGCAUGGAAAAAGUAAAACAACUUAUUUCGAUCCCUUUUUAAGUCUUAUUUUCAGUUCGGUAAUGAUAUGAUGGAAUGCUAACCUGGUGAAGUCUUAAUCAUAUGUCAGGACCCGUCUUAUCUGAUCCACUCACAUCAAGGGAGGCGGCUCACCGAUUAAUAACACGAAAAGGGACAAAAACAAAAAGAUGCAACUUUCAGAGGCAGCUGAUGCUAUUUGAAGAAGAAAAAAAUAGAUUUGAUCAAGUUCAGGAUCUUUAAAAGAGAAACUUUCAAAAAACGUGUAAGAGUCUGUUUGCAUGAACUUGUCAUGCAGCCCUCGAUUUGUCACACAAAAUAUUGAUGUCAUGGAUAAUUGUGUUCAGUGCCUGAAAAACUUUUAUUUUAAAACCAGACGCAUUUCAGACCAAACUCUAAACUGUUUAUAUGUAUUGUGUUUUUGGAUACUGCCUUAAAUUGUAAGAUGUCCCAAAACUGUUGUGUGAUUUAUCAUUGUCCUUUGCCUACAGAGUCGGUUCAAACGUGGAUCCUGCUCUGAAUUCAGACGAAGUGGCUCCAGCCUCGCCAUACAUAACAGCAUGAAAUCGAAGAGAAUGAAAGAAUGCAUUUUCACUAUUAUUAUUUAGAAUGUGUAAUCCUUUGACAACUCUCCUGCAAGUGAGAUGAGUUUGUAUGACUGCCACAUGAAAACAUCUUUGAAUAAAAUGAUUAGAAAU